AUGAAACUGCACUACUCUAAUAUAUUAUUAUUUUUCUUUCCAUUAAAUAUAUUAGUAACAUCAUAUCAUGUAUAUAAUAAAAAUAAAAUAUACAUCACACCACAUCAUACAACAACUACUACAUUACGAAUGUUAAGCGAAUAUGGCGUACAUACGUCAAUUUAUAAAAAUGAUGAAAAUAUGAAAUCUUUGAAGGAAAAUUUCGAUCGACAAACGUCACAACGUUUUGAAGAAUACGAACAACGUAUGAUCAGAAAAAGAAAAAAAUACAAAGAACAGUGCGACAAAGAUAUACAAAAAAUUAUUGAAAAAGAUAAAAUGGACAAAUCAUUAGCAGAAAAAGUAGAAACAGGUUGUCUUAAGUAUGGGUGUGGGCUAGGUGGUGUUGCAGGAAGUGUUGGAUUAUUCGGGGGAUUUGGUAUCUAUGGUUGGAAAACCGCCGCUUUAGCAGCUUCUAAGAAUGCGGCCGUAGCUGAGGCUACUGCUAAGGGUGUGGCUAAAGCAAUUGAUUUAGUAAAAUCAACAUUUGAUGUACAAAAUAUAGCUGGUCAACCAUUGGAAACAGUUCUUAAUGUAAUAAAUUAUACUGAUGUAUCAAAUAUUUAUCAUUUGAUUUAUUCUCAAUAUAAGACCACAUGUAUAUCUACUUCCUCUACCCCUGUCACUGGCGGUCCUGAGACUUUUUGCAUUUCGAUUUGGAAUAAAUCUUUAUCUGGAUUGGGAAGUAAUGUGGUAUUUGUUGAAGAAACAAAGGUUAUAGAAGCAACUGUAAAAACUAUCGUCUCGAGUGCCGAAAAGGUUGCUGGAGAAGCUUUAGAAAAGGCUACUGAAGGAGUUAUAAAAACCAGCACUGCAACAAUAGAAUCUACAUAUGCUAGUUGCCAGAUUGCUAUUAUUGCUUCUGUUGUUGCAUUAUUAAUUAUAGCUUUAGUUAUGAUAAUUAUUUAUUUAGUUUUACGUUAUCGUAGAAAAAAAAAAAUGAAUAAAAAAGCCCAUUACACAAAAUUAUUAAAUCAAAAAAUAUAUAGUUUCAAGAUAUUAAAUCCAUUUUUAUGUUGUAUGAACUCUAGAUGUUUGAAUACAUGA